AAACAACAACAAACGAACCUAACCUUGAAAUUGUUAUCCAAUCAUUAUCGUCAUUAUCAGCGUAUGCUAAUCAUUGAAUUCAAACUGGUCCUUUCAACUCCGGAGCAAUUAUUCAUGGUGUUCCUUGAGAAUUCCUUCAAGUACAAUUGAUGUAAUCUGAUGUUCUGGUUCCUGCAGAGAUGAGCACUUUCGUAUUUGUUUAGUAAUCUGUGGACCAAGCAAGUUUUGUGAGAACAAUGGCUUCAAUUGUGGGCUCAACUCUGAAUUUAUUUACUUCCUCUAUCAACAGUCUCUUCAAGAAUCAGCAACCAUGGGAAAUUGUCGCAAUUACUUCGAGCACAAUUUUGUUUCUCUCGUGGGCAUGGCAAGUUUACGAGAUUGAAGAGAGUCUAUUUUCAAGGGGCAAGAAGAAAUUUUUUAAACUAGCUCGAAAAAUUCCCUUUGUUUCGAAAAAACUUGAAACCGAAUUAGACAAAAUCAGGGAAUUAUUUCACAAGGAUACUGUUGAAAGACUACAGGAAACCAGUUAUUGUGUCUCCUUACCAAAGGAAGCCAAAACAGAAACAGAAAUUAUGGAUUCCCUCCAAAAAUUUUUGAAUCUUGGUGAAUUUGAAUGGGAGAAAGGCUUUAUUUCGGGUGCAAUAUACUGUGAAAAUAAGGCUCUGAAAAAUUUGGUCGGCGAAGUCUACAAAUUAACUUCAUAUACAAAUCCUCUCCACCCGGACGUUUUUCCAGGAAUAUGUUUUAUUGAGGCAGACAUCAUUCGUAUGGCUGCUAAUCUGUUCCAUGGAACUCAUGAUACUUGUGGCUCGGUAACCUCAGGUGGUACAGAGUCUAUUGUCAUGGCAUGUAAAGCCUACAGGGACUACGCUGAAGCAACAAAAGGUAUCACAAACCCUGUUAUUCUCUUGCCCACAACAGCGCAUCCUGCUUUUGAUAAAGGUUGCGCAUACUUCAAAGUCUACGCAAAGCAUGUAAAAGUUGAUCCUGUCACUUUUAAAGUUGAUAUCCAAGCAAUGGAGAAAGCCAUCUCUAAAAAUACUAUUUUGCUUGUUGGAUCAGCACCCAACUUUCCGUAUGGUACAAUGGAUGACAUUGUUGCCAUCGCCGCAUUAGGUCGCAAGUACAAUAUUCCAGUUCAUGUUGACUCGUGUUUAGGAGGGUUUUUAACAGCCUUCAUGCCGCAUGCAGGUUUUGAAGUUGAGCAUUGUGAUUUUUCUGUGCCCGGCGUUACCAGUAUAUCAGCAGACACCCAUAAGUAUGGUUUCACUCCCAAAGGAUCUUCAGUAAUUUUGUAUGCACACCCUAAAUACCGCCAUCAUCAGUACUUUGUUGUUGCUGAUUGGCCCGGUGGCACCUACGGAUCUCCUUCCAUGAAUGGAUCCAGAACAGGAGGGCUCAUUGCUGCAGCUUGGGCGACUUUACUCUACUUCGGUUUUGAUGGUUAUGUGAAAGCGACAAAAGAAAUUAUUUCAACCACCAGAUAUAUUGAAAAGAGGAUCCGUGAAGAAUGCGAUGAUGUAUUUAUUUUUGGAACUCCUGCUACGUCUGUGAUUGCUGUAGGAUCAAACAAAUUUCAUAUCUAUCGUCUUGUUGAAGGUUUGAAAAAACAUGGCUGGAACUUGAACACUCUCCAGUUUCCCUCAGGAUUUCAUCUUUGUGUAACCCAUCUUCACACGCAAGAAGGAGUGGCUGAUAAAUUCAUCGAUAAUAUGAAGGAGGAGCUUGUCAAAAUAAAAGAAAAUCCCAAUGUAAAAUUAGAGGGCAUGAUGGCGAUGUACGGGGUAUCUCACACUAUUCCUGACAGAACUAUUGUUGAAGAUUUUGCUCGUAUUUAUUUGGACUAUUUGACAUUUUUACCACCCGAAGAAACAGACAAAGAAAAAAAGCCUUCUAAUGGAGUUUUGAAAGCUGCAUGAUCCUGCAUCAAGCACAUACUGAACCGAACAAACUGUAUCAUACGAAUGCAAGGUAUUAUUAUAAUAUUUUGUGGUCCCUGACCGACGAUGCAGUUUAUUAGUUGUAGUUUCUUGUGUACCUCAUGGAGGAUGAACUUUUUUGUCGUAAUUUAAUAUUUAUGUGUGAUUUAUCAUUUCGAUGUAAUUUAGCAAGUGCUCUUGAACAAGGUGCACAUUAAAUAAAAAACACCAAAGCCAAGUUAGUCCUGUUAGCCAGAUACCACGUACGCUAUUUAAUCAAGACGGUGAUGUGAUGCUUCAUGAUAAGCGGUGAUAAAUCCCUUCGAUUUUCCUUUUUGUCAGAUGGAUAGCUUGCCUUUUCUGGUGAUACUUGGUCUUUUAAAUUGAAGUUAAGGCCUGUUUAAAAUUUUCUUUAUUUUUCAUCAUCUUGCCUGUUAUCUAAAUGCCAUAACACAUCAUGUUAGAUGUAAGCAAACACCAAAAUUGUUAUUGCCUAAAAAUUUUAGAGAGUAUGUUGAUGGAAGUUCUCGAAAAAAUUGAUUGGAUUGAAUAAUCUCCAGAACAGGUUUGUCCGGUUGAGUCUUGGUAAGAUUUUUUGAACUGUCACUUCGGGCUGUUCCUUAAAGAAUUAACUAAGCUUUUUUAUGAAAAGCUCUUGAAGGUGUUACUAAAUUUUUAUUUAGACUUUACUCACUUUACAUUAUACACUCUGAAACAGAUUGAGUUAACUGAGUAGAGACGUCUACUUUGAGAUUGCAUUAUUAUAAAUUAUGCUCUGGCGUCAAUGCAAUUGAAGCCAAUGUAUGUUCUGGUAUUGAUAUGCUGUUAGACCUUGAUAGUCCCUCUAUUAAAAUGCAAAUUGCCAUGCAACUCAAGGUAGGAAGUGCAAAAUUACUUGCCAGGUGACGAGUUUCUUGCCGGUUGAUCUUUUCCUAGCAUUUCCUAUGUGAUGCAACUAUUUUCAAUGGGUGUAAGACCCAGGCAUUUUUAUUUUAAGUAUCCUAACUUUAUUCUAAAAGGCUUUUGUACAUCUUGCCAACUUGCAUCAUCUUUUCAUUUGUGGGCUUAUUUUUUUUUCUAUUUUGUUACUUUGAAUUAAAGCAUGAAUAAAUGUUGGUAUUUUUGUUACCCA